CAAUGUAUUAUUCUCCCAUCUGUUUGUACCCUGCAGCUUGCAGGUGCAACGAAGCAGACGGAGGAAAGAUCCAACAGGCAAGAGAAAGAGAUAAUAAUAAUAAUCUCAAUCUAAGUCAGUUCCUUUGCUUCUUAGGUCUUCAUCUACUUACAGAUUAGUAAAUAAAUGUUCCCUUGUAUCUAUCUAUUGCUUCCAAGUUCAAUAAUCUGUAUGUAUCUAGAGCAUGUGAGGUGAAGGCCAAAUGGGUUCCAACAAUAAAGCUGCCUCUAGCAAAUCUUCACCCCUGACGGAUUCUCGAAAUUCUAACAUGCAGAUUGACGGAAUUCAUGCGAAGCAUCAAAAGGAUCUAGAGAAUCUAACACUAACUACUCAACCUUUGAAAACAUUGAAGUACUUCUGUUUAGCCAUUAUGAGCUAUGUUGAGAAAUCAGUAGUAUAUAUUUUAGCCCACGGUGGUUGGCUUUUGCUUCUGAGUAUUCCUGUCUUGAUUCUUGCAAUAUUUUUGUUGACAGUCAAUGGUCCACAUGAAAAGCAUGUGGAGGAGCUGUGCCAAUAUUUACAAUUCGGGCUGUGGUGGGUGGCGCUUGGUGUUGCAUCAUCUAUUGGUCUUGGAUCUGGUCUUCAUACAUUUGUGCUCUAUUUGGGUCCUCAUGUUGCCUUUUUCACCUUAAAAGCAAUGCAAUGCGGUCGAGUCAAUCUUAAAAAUGGUCUGUAUGACACAAUACAAUUGAAAAGAGGCCCUUCAUGGCUUGACAAGGAUUGUUCAGAAUUUGGACCUCCAUUGUUUUCAUCUUCACAUGGUUCUCGAGUUCCACUCGGCAGCAUAUUGCCACAGGUUCAGGUGGAAGCUGUGUUGUGGGGCAUUGGGACAGCACUUGGAGAACUUCCUCCAUAUUUCAUCUCAAAAGCAGCACAAAUAUCAGGUAGCAAAAUAGAAGCUAUGGAAGAAUUUGAGUCUUCCUCCACAGGAGAUGAUGGAGCAAUAGCUUCUUGUCUAAUUAAGAUGAAGCGCUGGUUGCUCUCGCAUUCACAGUAUCUAAAUUUCUUCACAAUUCUAGUGCUUGCUUCGAUCCCGAAUCCUCUUUUUGAUCUUGCUGGCAUAAUGUGUGGGCAAUUUGGAAUUCCUUUUUGGGAGUUUUUCCUUGCAACACUGUUUGGAAAGGCCAUUAUUAAGACUCACAUACAAACAGUGUUUAUUAUUCUGGUAUGCAACAAUCAACUUCUUGACUGGAUCGAAAAUGAGUUGAUUUGGGUUUUCAGUUUCAUACCUGGAUUGUCUGCAAUCCUGCCCAAUCUCAUUUCCAAACUGCAUGCAGCCAGAGAAAAGUAUAUGGCUACCCCCUCUCCUGUUCCUUCAAAUAUGAAGGUGAAGAAGUGGUGGGGUAUUUCAUUUACUUCGAUUUGGAACACAAUAGUGUGUCUCAUGAUCAUGAACUUCCUUCUCAAGAUUGUGACUUCAACUGCACAGAGACACCUUAAGAAACAGCAGGAGUUGCAUUUAGAUGGUGUUAAGAAGAAAAUAGUAGAAUGAACCAUUUCUCUCUUGCCUGCCCCUUCUCCAUUUUUGCUCUCUGGUUUCGACCUUGGUUCCAUUCCAAAGUUUUCAAUCCAAAAGAAAAAGGUAAACCCAUCCGAUGUCACGUUGUGUUAUUGCAGUGAAGGCCUCAUUCUUCAUACUCACAUUAGACGACAGACUUAAAAGUUGUAGUUUGAUUUACCCACUUUUUGUUUGGGUUAGGAGUGUAGGCAAUCACCAUGUCUGUGUUUUUUUAUAUAUAUUCUUUGGGCAAUGCAAAUACAAGACAGCCAUUUUGCAUGCUCAUGUCUUGUACAUUGUUAACUAUGAUGAUCAACUAUGGCUUUGCCCAUUUUUUG